AUGAAAGUACCUAUGGCUACUUGCGCUGACAUGAUAAAGUUUACGAGACACGUAAACACGAGUGAGCAGCUCGAGGUUCGCUCCAGCGACAAGAAAUGCACGGCCUCAUUAGUCAUUCUCAACUCGUCUAUACAAUAUUUAUGUCAGUCAGGCGUGUUUUUAGAGCUGCGUCGCUGUGACACACGCUCGUCGGUUCACUCGGGUUCAGUACUCGGUUGCUACCCGUGGACCCCUCCACUACACAUGUACAGAGCACAAGUACGUGGCUACGUACCGACGCACACAUAUCUGCACUACCUACCAAGCUACCAAGACCUGUGUCAGGCCGCGCUGGCUCUGCCACCUGUUGAGAAUAUAACAAAACAUUACGCACACAGGCGCACGCGCAUCAAUCCGUCCGCCCCACACUAUUCGCCGCUAGCAGGUCGCGGCAGGGCGCGGCUGCAAGACGCGCCGGGCUCAGCUUACGGUGGACGGUGCACAAUGAGCAGGCCCGAGUGCUGCCCGUGCAAUACAGUGCACAGUGCACUGUACGAGAGCAGACCUUCUGCGUGCGCAGCUCAGCUGUCUGGGUCCGGCUCAGCGGCGUACAAUGUGUCGGCAGGGGGCGCCGCGAUCAAAGGGCAGCACUAA